AUGAAGUGUGACCAGAUAUUUGGAGGUAAAGUAGUAGUGUUAGGAGGUGAUUUUAGACAAAUACUACCUGUUAUUACCGAAGGAGGAAGAGUGGCGACAGUUUUAGCAUCUAUCAACUCAUCAGUUCUUUGGAAUAGUUGUAAAGUUCUUAAACUUACCGAAAAUUUGAGAUUUCGCAAGGAAACUAAUAGUAUGGACGCGGGUGCUCUCGCUACUUUCUCAAAGUGGCUUCUUGAUAUUGGGGAUGGCAAAAUCAACGAGUCAAAUAGUGGGGAUGUGAAGAUUGAAAUUCUUGAUGAUUUAUUAAUUAAUACAAGUGGGAAUCCUAUUGAAGCAAUAGUUAAAGAGAUUUACGGAGAAUGUUUUGCAAAGAGGACUGAUCCAAAAUUAUUUAGUGAAAGAGCUAUUUUAAGUCCACGGAAUGACGAUGUUGAUAAGAUAAAUCAGUUUAUGCUUACUAAGCUCCCAGGUGAAGAGAGACGAUAUCUUAGCUCUGAUAGUAUUGAAACAUCUGACACAAGCGGACAUGAUGAUAUGAUCUACACUCAGGAAUUCUUAAACAGUAUACAGGUUUCUGGAUUGUCAAGCUAUGUUUUGACGUUGAAAAUAGGAGCACCUGUCAUGUUGUUAAGGAAUAUAGAUCCAAAGGGAGAUGCUUGCGGGCGUGUAGUAGAUGCCAAUGACAACAGAAACCAAGAAAAUGGAAAUGAAUGUAAAGAAGUUGUCUUCACGCUAUUAAAUGGCAGCUCGGAAUUUGCUGGACGAUAUUACAUAAAGCAUAGGAUGGAGCAUGAAGGUGGAACUUCAGGGACUCAAACUGAAGGUACGGUAGAUUAA